AACGAGAGACAGUCUCCGUUUUGAAUUAUACCACCAGUGACUAUAAUAAAUGUUUAUUUCUUGUGUUAGUCUCAGCAGUGUUUGUAUGCAUUAAAUAUGAUUGCAACUGCCACUGCUGCUUUCAUUCUUACGUCAAUUUUGGUCUGCACUUCAGCUGGGGUAAUUCCAGUGCCCGGACAAAAUGGCGCAAGUGACUUAUUUGAGGACGUGGUGCCAGCUCAAAAGCUCAAACCCGUGGGUGCAGUUAUAAACGAGCUGAAGGCCCUAGAGAAAUGGCGGCAAAACGAACUGAAAAAGGCUCAAGAGGACCCACUCUUGACGGCAAAUCCAAAGAUGGCGAGGUACCUGGCAGCUUUAGUGGAGUAUGAUACGCGCAUGUUUGUCUUCGCCGUGAGGUUACUCGACAGCCUCUGCACACUGGAUCACCCUGAUGACAAAAGCCCCGAUGAAAUGGAACAGGCAACGAAUAUGGUCCUGGAUUUUAAGCACAACCAAGAAGCGUAUCAUAUCAGCAUCACCGAUAUCAAAUACAGAGUAGAUGAUCUGAAGGAAGAGGUCCCAGAUAAACUCCUUGAAACGCCACAAAUGGAAACGGUGACUGCAGCUUUUCAACUCACUUACCUGAAGAUAUUUGAAGCUUUCAAGAUGUUAGAGCUGGAGGCUCAGAGUUCGCAGUCCCCAUACUCA